UGAGCAGUCACUGCUUUCUGCUCACACCUAGAAGAUGUCUGGUCGCGGUAAAGGAGGGAAAGGGCUCGGGAAAGGCGGCGCCAAGCGGCACAGGAAGGUGCUCCGCGAUAACAUCCAGGGCAUCACCAAGCCUGCCAUCCGCCGUCUAGCUCGCAGGGGAGGCGUCAAGCGCAUCUCCGGCCUCAUCUAUGAGGAGACCCGCGGGGUGCUGAAAGUCUUCCUGGAGAACGUCAUCCGGGACGCCGUCACCUACACCGAGCACGCCAAGAGGAAGACCGUCACCGCCAUGGACGUGGUCUACGCGCUCAAGCGCCAGGGCCGCACUCUCUACGGCUUCGGGGAAGCAAUGUACUCGCCGCAUGUCAGGAGCGGUAAGUGCCCCUAUCUCUGCAGCGCCAUGGCCAGAACCAAGCAGACAGCGCGUAAGUCUACCGGCGGGAAAGCUCCCCGCAAGCAGCUGGCCACUAAGGCCGCCAGGAAGAGCGCCCCCGCCACUGGCGGAGUCAAGAAGCCUCACCGCUACCGCCCCGGGACCGUCGCUCUCCGGGAGAUCCGGCGCUACCAGAAGUCCACCGAGCUGCUCAUCAGGAAGCUGCCCUUCCAGCGCCUGGUCAGAGAGAUCGCCCAGGACUUCAAGACCGACCUUCGCUUCCAGAGCUCGGCCGUCAUGGCCCUGCAGGAGGCCAGCGAGGCUUACCUGGUCGGGCUCUUCGAGGACACCAACCUCUGCGCCAUCCACAAGAUGUCUGGUCGCGGUAAAGGAGGGAAAGGGCUCGGGAAAGGCGGCGCCAAGCGGCACAGGAAGGUGCUCCGUGAUAACAUCCAGGGCAUCACCAAGCCUGCCAUCCGCCGUCUAGCUCGCAGGGGAGGCGUCAAGCGCAUCUCCGGCCUCAUCUAUGAGGAGACCCGCGGGGUGCUGAAAGUCUUCCUGGAGAACGUCAUCCGGGACGCCGUCACCUACACCGAGCACGCCAAGAGGAAGACCGUCACCGCCAUGGACGUGGUCUACGCGCUCAAGCGCCAGGGCCGCACUCUCUACGGCUUCGGGGGUUAAUGCUGCCUCCGUCCUCACAACACAAAGGCUCUUCUCAGAGCCGCCCACAUCUUCCCGGGGAGAAGCUACAAUUCCUUCUGCGCUCAGCCACUGAGGGGUUAACACCGCCCGCACAUCAGGGGGCGGGGAGCCGGACAAUUGGCCGAGAUCAGCGGCGCCCUGUGCUCAGUACAGCCGGAGGUCUACAAUACAGAAAGCCCCAGUAAUGUAAAUCCCGAGCCCCGGGUGUUCUCCACCGCUCCUGUCCCCGCAGCCACAAGACGAGCGGCGCUCGGAGACUGAGGGGUUAAUCCGAGCUGCAGAGACAAAGACGCCUAUGAGCGGCGCUGGUACGGGUCACAUGACCGGCUCCUCCUGUAGAUCAGCAGCUCAACUAUAGGCGGGAAAUUCAAAUGAGCGACGAGAUCCUGAGCUCUCCCCGCCAAUAGGAGCAGAGCUCUGGACCCCUCAGCCGUUAUGUGCCCGGUAGGAGCGGAGCCUCGUCCUCCUGUCCUGAGCGGCCGCACAGCCUGUCCCCAGGGAGCGCCACACCGAGGAGGAUGAUGGGAGUAGUGAAUGGGCAUGGAGGAGAAUGAUGGGAGCAGUGAAUGGGCAUGGAGGAGGAUGAUGGGAGCAGUGAAUGGGCAUGGAGUAG